AUGAACAAAGACGUCUUUCCACUUCUGGAUCUUCAGGAACUUGUGGUAUGUCUUCAAAGCUGCGAUUUUGCACUAGCCAAUGAGGAAAACAUCUCUAGACCGUCAUCGAAAUAUGUCGUUACUCUGUAUAAGCAAAUCAUAGAUAGCUUCUCCGGAAUCUCACCAGAUGUGCUGAUUGACACUGGGGAAUCGCUUUUAGAGUCAAGUGAUGACCGUCUUGAUGUUGAUCCGGUGUAUAGGGAUACGUUGCAGAUGCUGACGCUGAACAAGAUUUGCUUCAAGUUUUUCCAGGACAUUGGCGUUCCUGACUUCAAUAUGAUGGAUCUUUACAAACCUGACUCGCAGCGAACGCAGCGAUUUUUGAGUGCAGUGGUCAACUACGCCCGUUUUCGGGAGGAACGCAUGCUGGACUGCGAUCAGUUCAUGUCACAAACAGAAACUUUGUUAGGACAGCUGCGACAAAAACUAGACGACCACAAUUAUUUGCAGCAGCAGGUUCAAAAAUAUCGAGAAAUCUCUGAUCUCGCAGAUGGUGAAACCGUCUCCUCUCUCGAAAACAAUAAUCGCAACCUGGAAAAUCAACUGAAAAAGCUUACACAUGUCCAGGAAACGUUCUCUAUCGAUUACAAUAACUACAAGAGCAACAAGCGCAAGCUGCUGACGGAACUAGAAAGUCUGGGGUUUGAACUCAUCGAGCUCGAACUUCAACGGGAUAAAUUGCAACGAUACUCCGAGACAGAUGUUGGUACCUUGCAGGCAAGUAUCAAGGAGCUCUCGAAGGCCUUAGAUGAGCAAAGUGAAAGGCUAGCAGAACUUCAAAAUAAACAUCACAACCUUUCAAAAGCCAUGACGAUUUUCCAAGGAGUCACCUCGGAACUUUACGAACUGCUAAGGAUAAUAUCGACAGAUUUACAGAAAUCUCACAUCCAACAGGUGGGGAUUCUGGACUUAAAGAAGCAACUGCUCAAUAGCAGGACAAAGCUAGAACAUUUGCUUACGUCGGGGAUCACAGUAAAGCUAACUAACUUGCAAGCGCAGUUGGAAAAUCGCAAGAGAAGCAUUCGAGAAUUGGAAAAUUCCACGCGAGUCGAACAACAGGAAAAUUCAGCUGAGCUACAGAAGCUUCAGACACAAUUCUCGCAAGAAAUUUUGCCGGAGAUCCAAAAGAUCGAUGAACAUGUUGAAAAGGAGCUCUAUGGCAAUGUAAUAAAGACGCUCGAGAGGGACAUGCAACAUUUAAAGGACGAUUUCAAGAAAGAAUCGGAUGCCAUAGAGCUGGAGUAUUCACUUUUGGCGACUCACAUAAACAAUUACAUGAAUAGCAUGCUGCAGAGGAUAGAAUGA